CAUGCCAUCCACGGUGUCUGUGGAAGAUUUUGUGUAAUUGGCUGGUGCUUCUUCCGAUGCACCAAUCGCAAGGUCUUCUCUGCGGAGUCCUAACUAUGAAAUUGAAAGUGGCGAAGAGAAAACAGCCAAUGAAAAAAAAGUGUACAGCAGCCAAUCCUCCUGCGGCAUUUUGUGUCUUUGCCCAACAAAAAAAUGUGUUUCAUGCGGAGGGGCGUUACCCAGUCUCCAAUGGGCGGGCGUCGGUGAAACUGGACAGCCAAUGAGUGUGAGACGUUGAGUGACAGCUGUCCAAUAGGGACCUUCAGUGCUUGUACGGUUUGUGGCUUAAGCGCCGCCGCGGUCUGAGGAAUGUCAACUAUUCAACAUGGAGGCGGAGGUCGAUAAGCUGGAACUGAUGUUCCAGAAAGCUGAUUCUGAUCUGGAUUGCAUUCUGUAUAGGCUGGAAUAUGAAAUCAAGAACAAUCAUCCGGAUUCAGCUGGCGCGAAAAAUCCAGUUACACUCUUGAAGGAACUGUCAGCAAUAAAGUCUCGAUAUCAGACUUUGCAUACACGCUUUAAACCAAUUGCUGUUGAACAGAAAAAGACUAAGGACCACAUUUGUGUUACUUUGAAUAAGACUAUGACCAUGAUACAAGAACUACGAAAGCUAAUUGAGCUGGAGGUGAAUAGAGACCGAUUGUUGUACCUUGGAUGGGCUCUUGCAGGCUUUUAAAGCCCCAGGUACUACGCAGUGAACGAGGAGGUAGAACAGAGACACUAAACAGAGGCCAAUUAAUUGGAACGUCCCAUGAAACCAUGACCCUUAAGCCUCCCAAUGAAGGAAUGAAAUCCCAUGAGGUAUUUGGUUGUACAUAAGCAGCCUCAGCAGCUACUCUUUUUUUUUUUUUUUUUUGGUUGUUAUUAUAAAUACAUCUAUCACACAACUUUUGCCAGUUCGACUUUUUACAGGUUUACAACUUAUUGAAAGCAAAUACAUUAAUCACCUGUGUAACUCUACCCUUAAUCAGUGUGAUUUUUCCAGUACUUAAACUGAAACUAAGCGCUGCAUAAACAAACACCCCUCUGUUCCCUCUACCUCUAGCUCUAGUAACCACUAAUAAACUUUGGUCUCUAUAUAUUUGCUUGUUCUUGUCUUUUUAUAUAAGUGAGGUCAUACGAUAUUUGUCUUUUUGUGAUUGACUUAUUUCAUUCAAGACUUCGUUUAUCAAGACUUCAUUUCUUCCUGGCUGAGUAGCAUUCCAUUGUUUGUAUCUGCCACAUUUUGUCUAUUCAUCCAUUGAUGGGCAUUUAGGUUGUUUCUACCUUUUGGCUAUUGUGAAUAGUGGUGCAAUGAAUAUUGGUGUAUAAGCAUCUGUGCAAGUCUCUGCUUUCAAAUCUCUUGGGUAUAUACUUAGGAGUGGAAUUGCUGGGUUGUAUUGUACUUCUAUUUUUACUUAUCUGAAGAACUGCCCUACUGUUUUUUGCAACGGCUGUACCGUUUUGCAUUCCCACUAGCAAUGGAUAAAGGUUCCAAUUGUGGAUAAUACUUUUAGUUGAUAUGUUGGAUUUGCAUAGUUUUCAUUCUGAGUGUUGCUCUGAAAGAUAAACGCUCAGUAAUUUGCAUUUUGAAAUUUUACAGUCAAUUUGCUGAAUUGACAGAUAGAAAUGAGAGUUUCUUAUGUGUUCCUAGAGCACUUUAUACCUUUAUCAUAGCACAUAACUUACACGUUCAGCCUAGAGUUAGAAUUACCUGGCUGUAUUUUACUACCUUAUUAGACUGUAAGCUGUAAAGUUAGAGUACGGGACUGGGGGAUUAAUACCGGUAGUCCACCAGAAGGUACAGUGACUUAUACUAAAGUGGCCUUAAGUGAUGACUCAUUGAGUUGAAUCACUUAGUGCAUUUCCGUUUUCAUUCUUACGAGGGGGGCAUUCCUGGAAAUAGGCCUUAAAUCAGUAAAUUUUAUGCACUAUGACAUUUCAGUGAAGGAGAUUUUGGGGGAGGGGUAGACAGAGGAAGGAGGAAGACUGCUUACUUUGAGGUACUUCCAUUCCUGGUCCGGAUAAUUAGCCAUUUCUUUCUGAUUGUGCCUAGUAUAUUCCAGGCACUUCGUUUCUGUGCAGAAGAAUUUUGUGUGCUUUUUUUCACAAACUACACCCCCAUUGUAUCAGUUCAUGUCAUCACUCACUCAUGCAACAAGUCUGAGUCUUCUGUCUUCCCUUUUUCUUACUUCCCUCAUCCAGUCUCCAGCUAAGUCCUGUCAGUUCUACCUCAACAAUCUUUCACAUCUCUUUCCUCCUCACCUUGGUAAUUUUAAUAGCCUCUCAGCUUCUCUUCUCACCCCCCAGCCUACCUUAUACACAAUAUUAGAGUCAUCUUACAGAAACAUAGCUCUGACCAUGUAUCCAUAUUAUUUAUGUGUUCUGUCUCCCCUACUAUACCGUAAGCUCCUUAUGGGUAGUAUCUGUGCCUGAGUCAUUAUUAUAUCUCCCAUAGCACCUAUCAAUAAAUAUUUCUUGAGUGAACAAAAAAACGAGAAAAGAAAUGAGACUUUCUUGAUUCCCUAAAGCAUAGUAGCUGAUACUCUUUUCUCCUCUUACUUUAAGGCAAGCAUGUGGUCUUGACAUGGUUAAUGAAGAGGUGUGCUGUCUUGGAUUAUGUAACCAUGUCUAUAACCAAACAGCUCUAUGAGCCUAGAGUUCAAAAGACAUUCAAGGUAGAUAGACUUUGUAAAGGAAUAUCAAGUAUAAAAAGGUGUACAUCAGUCACAGGGACAGACCUGUGAGAAUAGUUAGGAAAGCCGAAGGCCAGAUUGAGCUGAGGCCUCCGAAAUUUUCUAAAAUAACCAAAAGGUCCUUUAAAGUUAUUUUGGGAGCAUGAAGAACAAGAGAGGGAUGAAUGUGCUUAGGGCAAAUAGUGCUUUGUUUAUAGACAAGAGAAAGUAAACAGAAAGUAAAACUGUUCGGGUAUUAUCUUGUAACGAUCUUUAUUAAUGAGAGUGGUUUUCCAUGUGGAAGGGUAGGAACAUGUAUUUUGAGAAGCACUGAAUUGAUAAUAUUAAAUAAUAAAUAAGGCAGUGAGAACAGAGAAAGAGGUGUGAGCAAGGGUAUACACACAGAUUUCUUCAUCUUUCUUAGUUGAUAUGAAGACACUGAUGUUUAAGUAUACUUAAUUACAGAAGUAUAUGUAAUUACACAGUUCCUGAGGCUAGGAGUCCGAAUUCAGAGCACCACCCCCAGGGAAAAGCUUUCUCUCUUUAUUGGCUUUGGGUGAAGGUCCUUGUCAUCAGUCUUCCCCUGGGUCUAGGAAUUUCUCAGCAUAGGGAUCCUGGGUCCAAAGGACAUGCUCCGCUCCACUCUUGGCUCUUCUUUCUUGGUGGUAGGAAGUCCCUCCUCUCUGCUCACUUCUCUCUCCUUUUACCUCUUGUAAGAUAGGUGUGACUCAAGCGAGAGUGGUGUAUCCUACCCUAAUCCUCAUUAACAUAACCUAAUCAUGGCUCAUUAACAUUUUUUUUUUUUUUAAAUCAUGGCUCAUUAACAUAAUGGACAAACUAAAAAAACCAAACCCAUUGCUGUCAAGUUGAUUCCAACUCAUAGUGACCCUAUAGGACAGAGCAGAACUGCCCCAUAGGGUUUCUAAAGAGUGCCCGGUAGAUUCAAACUGCCGAACUUUUGGUUAGCAGGCUAACUCUUAACCACUACACCACCAGGUUUCCUAACAUAAUGGACAAUUCACUCCCAAAUAGCGCCAUAACCACAGGCAUGGAGGCUAGGAUUUACAACACAUAAUUACAUCAGAUCGCAAAAUGGAGCACGACGGCACAAUACUGGGAAUCAUGGCCUAGCCAAGUUUACAUGAAUUUUGGGGGAACAUAAUUCAAUCCAUGAUGGGACCUAACCACCCCCCCCCAAAAAAUAACAAGAAACAGCAAAACAGAAAUAUAGCAAAAAAUAGAAAAUAAAAGCAUUCAAAAUUGUGUAGUAUUCCAUUGGAACUCCAAAACCUUUGAGUAAAGGGAAACAAAACAAAACAGUUCUACAGACUUUAGAAUGGUUAACUUGACCUUAAUCUCUGGAAAAAUUCUUUGAAGUUUUAUUGAACAGAUGGCCUGAAAACUCUUGAACUGUAAUUACAUGCAGCAACAUGGAUUCAUGGAGAACAAACAAUUCUUGCCAGAAUAAUCCCAUUUCCUUUUUUUAAGGGUAGAAGAGGAAAAUAUUUGAGUUGUAGUAAGGCACAUGUCUUGGAAGAAGUAUAACCAGAAUGCUCCUUAGAAGCAAGGGUGGUGAGACUGCAUCUUAUACACUUUGGACAUGUUGUCAGGAGGUAUCAGUCCCUGGAGAAGGACAUCAUGCUUGGUAAAGUACAGGGUCAGCAGAAAAAAAGAAAGACCCUCAGUGAGAUGGAUGACACAGUCACUGCAACAAUGGCCUUGGGCAUAACAACAAUUGUAAGGAUGGCACAGGACUGGGCAGUGUUUCGUUCUGUGGUACAUAGGGUCACUAUGAGUUGGAACCAACUUGACAGCACCUAACAACAACAACAAAGGCAUAUGAUUGUCUUUCAUUUUAUCCAUGCAAACAUUUUGGUCAAAUAUGGGCUUGUUUAGUAGUUGCCAAAACUGUUUGCAUAUCUGAAUCAUGUAGGUACUUGAGCUCUUCACCUAGAGCUGGGCUGUCGAAUAGUCACAUAUGGCUAUUAAAACUCCAAACCCAUUGUUUUUUGGUUGAUUCCAACUCAUAGCGACCCUAUAGCACAGAGUAGAACUGCGCCAUAGAGUUCCCAAGGAGCAGCUGGUGGAUUCAGACUGCUGACCUUUUGAUUAGGAGCCAAGGUCUUAACCACUGUGUCACCAGGGCUCCUCACAUAUGGCUAUAUAAAUUUAAAAUUAAAUUAAAGUUUUAUAAUACUUAAAAUUUUUAGUUUGUAGUCACUCCUGAGGUUCACCCUUCAUCCAAAGAUUAGAUAGGCCCAUAAAUCAAAACAAGACUAAAGGGGCACACCAGCCCAGGGGCAAGGACUGGAAGGCAGGAGGGGACAGGAAAGCUGGUAAUAGGGAACCCAAGACUGAGAAGGGAGGGUGUUGACACAUUGUGGGGUUGUUAACCAAUGUCAUAAAACCAUAUGUGUACUAACUGUUUAAUGAGAAGCUAGUUUGUUUUGUAAACCUUCAUCUAAAGUACAAUUAAAAAAGAUUUUUUUUUUUUAGUUCCUUUGGUACCAACUGGGUAGAAUAUUUUCAGCAUCAUGGAAAGUUCUCUUGGUCAGUGCUGCCCUAGAGAUUCUGAUUCUGUAGGUCUGAGUUGUUCCAGAUUUGGCAGUCUCUUUAGAGAUGACCUAUAUAGUUAGGCAGAUUUGUAACUACUCGAGUGACUCUUCAGUUUGUGGCUCCUGUUAUUUUCUCAUAUAAACCUUUAUUUUAGCCAGCCUGUUUGUUGGUACUCUGUGAAAGUUGCUUACCACUUCCCUUCUUUCUCUGUGCUUUUGCUUCUACCUACUUUUAGUGGAUAUUGUUGGCUGUUUGCUUUCUCAAAAUCUCUUCUCCCUUGCUGCUUAUCAGAGCACUGACUUCUUCAGAUGCAUGCUUUCUGUCACAGCCAUAUGCCUGAGGUGAAGCAGACUCCGUCCUCAGCUCCAAGGAUGUACCUGAUUGGCAAGGGGAAUGGAUUUUCCUUUAACCAACAUUGGUUCAGGAAUGGACUUGUAACCCUAUGUCAUGCAAGGAUGGAAAGUCUGGAAGUGGGUAACUAGGGAGAGUUUCCUUACUGCUGGGAAGAGAAAGUUCUUUUUCUUCCUUUGAAUGUUGUGUAUAGAUGUGAUGCCUAGCGCUGCUAGAGCCGUUUUGCUGUCAGCUUGAGGAUAAAGUCACCAUCAAGGAUAUCAGAGCUGUAAGAUGGAAAAACCAAAGCCUUACUUUGUUGAGCUGCUGAAUAAACCAACUCUGAAUCUCCCCUUCUUCGGAAUUUACUGUGCAAUGAUAAUAAACUUCCUUAAAGCCACUUUUAAGUUGUGUUAUUACUUGCAGCUGAAAGCAUCUUAAUUAUCCUCCAAAAUUUAGCCCAAGUGUCUGCUUCUCUGGGAAAACUUCCAGACAAUUUUUAUUCACAAUCUCUUUUUUGUUUUCAUAAUACUUUUACAAUGUGGCACUCAAACAUGAUUUCUUUGGUUAACAAAUUAUAGUCCUUACAUUGUUUCAUUUCUUGGUCUUGUUUCUUCAACUUGAUUGCAAGUUCCUUGAAAACUCAAACUUUGUAGUACCUUGUGUAUAGAUAGCCAAAUGUCUGUUUUCCCCCUGCCUUUCUAAAUUUGUGAUCAGUACAUGGUAUAAGCUUAUAGAAAUAUUUGUUGGUGUGCCAAAGUCAAAGUUAAUUAAAUUAAUUCACCAGUCUUUAAAGGUUUCGAACUAAAGAUUUUGUCAUUUG